UACCCAUAAUCCUCCCGGCUCACCCUCCGCCGUGACGUCACCAUCUGUCUGAACAAACCGACGCCGAAUCAGAGAAAAGGGAGCGCCGGUGAACGGGAGGACAUGGCUGUAAAUGUAUACUCCACCUCAGUGACCAGCGACAACCUGAGUCGCCAUGAUAUGCUGGCAUGGAUCAACGAGUCUUUACAGAUGAACCUCACUAAAAUUGAGCUCUUAUGUUCAGGUGCAGCCUACUGCCAAUUCAUGGACAUGCUCUUCCCAGGCUGUGUGCCUUUGAAGAAAGUAAAAUUUUCAGCCAAGUUAGAGCAUGAAUACAUCCACAACUUUAAGUUAUUGCAAGCUGGCUUCAAGAGAAUGGGCGUUGACAAAAUCAUCCCUGUCGACAAGUUGAUAAAAGGCAAGUUCCAGGACAACUUUGAGUUUGUUCAGUGGUUCAAGAAGUUUUUUGAUGCAAACUACGAUGGAAAAGAGUAUGACCCAGUGGAGGCACGGCAGGGCCAGGACACCAUGGCUGUCCCCAAUCCCCCCAUGCCUGUCCUCAACAAGCCCAAGAAGAUCAUCAACACAGAGAAUGUCUCCUCUCCUGAAAAUAUAACAAAGCCAGCUGCUGUAAUUGCACCACAGAGAACAGCUGUUGCUAAAGUAACACCGAAGGUGGCACCCGGCUCUGCAAGGAGGCCAGGUGCCAGUGGAGAUGAUGAGAGGGCUGAGCUUAUUCAGGAGGUUAAUAUGCUGAAGUCCACAAUCCAGGACAUGGAGAAGGAGCGAGACUUCUACUUUGGCAAGCUAAGGAACAUUGAGUUGAUCUGUCAAGAGAAGGAAGGUGAAGGAGACCCCACUUUACAGAGGAUUGUGGAUAUACUUUAUGCCACAGAUCGACAAAAUGGGUGUGCAGUAGGGAUGGGUUUUGCAUGGAAUUUGUGCAGCUCUCUAGUCCAUGUACAUAAGUUUGCUGAAUUGUUGGAGGGCUUUGUCAUACCCGAUGCGGAAUCAGAGGACCAGGAGGAGUUUUAAUGCCCCAAUCCUCAGUCGUCUCCUUCCUCAUCACUCCCUCUACACAUUCACUUCCUCACGCUCUGAAACGCCUCCCAGAUCAUGUUAUGCAUUUGGACUCCGAAAGAAACCUGUAUGUGGGGGGGGAACCCUUACUGCAUACAGAGCAGUGUAAAAGUAAAGUUUGAAGAAGCACCUCUGGCGAACCUUUCAGCCUCUGAGAUGAGCAAGAUCGCUGCCGAGUCGACUCGGCUCGGCUUAGAAGAGAGCGAGAGCUUUUCACCUCUUAGAUUCAGCAUUGUGCUAAAUGUUCUCUUCUGUUGUUCCUGCAACUUCAGAGGAACCUGCAGAUUUAUCGGUCAAGUUACAUGUUGACUUGUUUUUGACACUGUUUGUUUUUUGUCGUUUGCCACUGUUGGAACGGAGGGGUUUCUCCUCUCUUCCUGCAUAAGAAAUGUGGCAUGUGCUUCACACUAAUGCUAUGCUCGAGUUUUGCCCAUUUAAUAUUUUUAUAGUUACAAAAUCUUUAGUUUGAUCUGAUUCUGCAAACAUCAAUGUCCUUUAAACCAAUUCUGCAAAAUAAGCAUCACCCAUAAUCCCCUCCUCUCCUCUGCUCCUCUGCUUUUUUUUUAUACCUUAGUAAUCAUUUUAAUGAAAGGCUAAGUAGCAGUCACCUUUACCCCAACUUUCAACCUGUGACUGUGCCUUACAGACUGAGUGGAAGGAGGUCAUUUAUCCUUGUCUGUCUGUCUGUCUGUCUGUCUGUCUCAUGGAUGUAGAAAACCUUGCUUGUGGUCCAGUAAGUCAGUUGUGCAGUAAAAAAAAAAAGUCAGUUAAUUCAUUCAACUAUAUAAUGUUUCAGACCUGCCACAAAUUGCAGUGAUUGUAAUAAAUAAUGAGUCUUGACUUUUCUGACCGGUCUUAUGGACAGUCUCUUGGGAUGUUGCUGAUGCUGAAGAAUUAAACGCACAGCUGCAGAAGCAUCCUCAAAGAAAUGACCCUUUUUAUUAAGCUUUUUUUAAAAAUCCUUUUAUAAAGAAAAAAACGACCAUGAUACAUUGCCCACUGUGGUGGUGGUGGUGAAUUCUGAAGGCCAAAAUAUAAUUAGUCAGGAGAAAAACUGCCAGUUUCUGCACUUUCAGUGCAAAGAUUGAUGUCUUCAUUUUUUACUGCCUUAUAUUUAAUGCAUCUUUUUCUCUUCCUUUUUUUUUUUUUUUUUUGUUUAUUUUAAUAAACCCUUUCAUAACUAUUCAUUUUCUUCUUUGAUAGAAACUAUUUUUGUUCUGCGUUGUGUUGGAUAAAUUCAAAUAAAAGAUGUUUUGAAACUUU